AUGCGUCGAAGCGUAAUUCUAGCCGCCCUCGGCGGCACGCCCUCGCCAACACCAGGAGACGGCACCACAGAUGCAAACACGCCGCUCAAAGCCAAGAGCUCUCCAUACUCUCGCCCUUCCCCGCUAGCCGACAUCUCGCGCAACGCCAAUGCUGCCGGGUUUGGACCCCUUCUCGGGAGAAAACCGUUCAAGCCGCCCUCCUUCGCCAAUCAGCGAGAAAAGGACAAUCCGGAGGGCGGUAGAAAGCGCAAGAAGGUCGACUACCGCGGCAUGGACUCGGGUGCAGCGGGCGAUGCCGAUGGUGAUGCUGGUGCUGGGUCCGACUCUGACGAUGUUGCCGACUCGAAGUCGGGCAAGCCUGGUGCCAAAAAGAAGGGCAAGGCCGCCAUGAAGACGCUCGAAGGCAUAUACAAGGGAAUCGACGCCACUGGUGUCUCGCUCAACGUGGAUCGCCGAAAGUGGGACGUCUUUGAAAUCAAACCCGACGCCAUAAAGAAGGGUUUCUCGGUGCCCGUCAUGACCAACAAGCAGGGCCAGGUCGUCGAGACGAGGCUCUCGUACGCAGCGCUUGGAACAAGAAGGCAAAUCGACAUUCCGCCGCGCCCGCUCCAUGAUCCCAUGGGCGAACACGCCAUCGUGCUAUUCGACCCCACCGUCGAUGACCGCGAAGCCGAGCGCAGGAAGGCGGAGCUGCAGCAGGAGCAGGCAGCCGAGGAAGAACGCAUCGAGGCUGGCGCAGCGCCGCAGACUCCGCACAAGAGCCUCGCGGACAUUCUCGGUCUCAACAAGAACAAGAAUAAGGAGAUUGAAAAGAUGCCCGUAGUCAUCGAUCCUCGCCUCGGCAAGGUGCUCCGUCCGCACCAGGUCGAAGGUGUCAAGUUUCUCUACCGAUGCACCACGGGGCUCAUCGUCGAGAACGCUCACGGCUGCAUCAUGGCCGACGAGAUGGGUCUCGGCAAAACACUGCAGUGCAUCGCGCUCAUGUGGACGCUGCUCAAGCAGUCGCCCAUCGCUGGCAAGUCGACCAUCGACAAGUGCAUCAUUGUCUGCCCUUCCUCGCUCGUCAGGAACUGGGCCAACGAGCUGAUCAAGUGGCUAGGGCCUGCAGCUCCUGGCAACCUAGCUUUGGACGGCAAGCUGAGCAAGGACGAGAUGAUCGAGGCGACGCGUAGAUGGUGCAAUGCUUCGGGACGUGCUAUCACGCAGCCGGUCAUGAUCGUGUCGUAUGAGACGCUCCGCAACUUGCAAGAGGAGCUUGGCAACACCGAAGUGGGUCUGCUGCUCUGCGACGAGGGUCAUCGACUCAAGAACGCCGAUUCACUCACCUUUCAGGCUCUCACGCAGAUCAAGGUGCGUCGUCGUGUCAUCCUCUCCGGCACACCCAUUCAGAACGACCUGUCCGAGUACUUUGCGCUGCUCAAUUUUGCCAACCCAGAGUUGCUCGGCAGCCGCAUCGACUUCCGCAAGACCUUCGAGAUCGCCAUCCUCAAGGGACGCGAUGCCGAGGCGACCGAAAAGCAGCAGGAGGAAGCCAACCAGAAGUUGGCCCAGCUUUCUGCCUUGGUGAGCCGCUUCAUCAUCCGACGAACCAACGAUCUGCUCUCCAAGUACCUGCCGGUCAAGUACGAGCACGUGGUGUUUUGCAAGAUGUCGCCCUUCCAGCUCGACCUGUACCGUCUCUUCAUCCGAUCGCCCGAGAUCAAGAAGCUGCUUCGCGGUACGGGUAGUCAGCCGCUCAAGGCGAUCGGUAUCCUGAAGAAGCUGUGCAACCACCCGGACUUGCUCGACCUGCCGAGCGAUUUGGAAGGAAGCGAAGAGUACUUUCCCGAGGGCUACACGCCCAGAGACCGACGACACGUCAAUCCGGGACUGUCGGGCAAGAUGAUGGUGCUGCAGCGGUUCCUCGAGACGAUCCGCGCCACGACCAACGACAAGAUCGUGCUCAUUUCGAACUACACGCAGACGCUCGAUGUGUUUGAGCGCAUGUGCCGCACCAACCGAUGGGGCAUGUUCCGGCUCGACGGAACUAUGACGAUCAACAAGCGUCAGAAGCUGGUGGACCGCUUCAACGAUCCCGAGGGCAAGGAGUUUAUCUUUUUGCUGUCGUCCAAGGCGGGCGGCUGCGGUCUGAACCUGAUCGGCGCGAAUCGGUUGGUGCUGUUCGAUCCGGAUUGGAACCCGGCGUCGGACCAACAGGCGUUGGCGCGAGUGUGGCGAGACGGGCAGAAGAAGUCGUGCUUCGUGUACCGGUUCAUCGCGACGGGAUCGAUCGAGGAAAAGAUCCUGCAGCGUCAGUCGCACAAGCAGUCGCUAUCGUCGUGCGUGGUGGACGAGGCGCAGGAUGCAGCGCGCCACUUUUCGGGCGAAGAUCUGCGUGCAUUGUUCCAGUUCAAGGAAGAGACGGCGUGCGAUACGCACGACACGUACAAGUGCAAACGGUGCAAGAGCGGCAAGCAGUUCAUCAAGUCCAAUGCGCUGCUUUAUGGCGACACUAGUACGUGGAACCACUACGGCAAGGAGGAGAUGCACCACUUGCACGAUGAUCUGCUGAGGGCGGAGAAGGCGUACGACGAUGUCAGCUUUGUGUUUCAGUACUGCAGUCACUAG